CUCUUAGCAAUUUAUAUAGAAUGUUCUUGAUGCUUUUCAAUUGAAAAAAUAAGAAUAUGACUUCUUUGGUGGAUGCCAUUAUUGCUAAAUAUGGCCCAGGAGAUGACGAGUCCUUUGAUUUUAUAGCUGUCCCAAGGAGAAGACAGGAAUCUACAUCAAGUGAGAGUGAUGCUCUGAUCCUUCCACCUGCCCUGGUUUUAGAUAAUGAGGGAAUAAAUAGCAUUGGUGAUAUAAAGAAGCUGAAAGAAAUGUGCAGUGUCACUACAGAGCUGGAUCUGACAAAGAAUCUCUUGACAGAUUGGAAAGAUGUACUUUGUUUGAUAGACUGUAUGCCCAAAAUUAACUUCUUGAACCUGUGUGCUAAUUUUCUUGACAAUGACUCCUGGCCAGAUGACACAGACCUUGGUGCUUUCUCAUAUCUACAGCAUCUUAUUCUGAACAACACUGGGGUGUCUUGGGAUGUUACUCAUAAUUUUCUAACUCUGUGUCCAUCUCUAACAGAAAUUCACUUAAGUCUGAAUGAACAUGAAGACAUUUCACUACCAGAUCCUUUCCAAACAUACCCAACUGUCAAGAAAAUUCAUAUGUCAAAGAACAAAAUCAAAGAUUGGUCUGUUUUACAUAAAGUCGGUAGACUCUUUCCAAAUGUCGAACAUUUUGUGAACAUUGAAUCGGAUUUGGAGAACCUCAGGUCUCAAAAUGAAGAGGAAAACAACAUGGAAGAAAUUUUUUCAAAGAUGAAGAGUCUCUCUCUCACCCAAACAAAGUUGCAUGACUGGGAAGAUUUUGAGAUGCUUCGUCAGUGUCCAGCACUGGUGGAUCUUAAAGUUUUGGGCAUUCCUUUUCUAGAGGAAAUUGAAGAGAAGUCUCGCCGACAGCAGUUGAUCUCCAGAUUACCCAACAUACAGUGUUUAAAUGGAACACCGAUAUCAGAAUGUGAGAGGGAAGAUGCAGAGAGGGCCUUUAUCAGGUUAUACAUGAACAGUGAAGAUAAACCAGACAGGUACUAUGAGCUUGAGUCUAUAUAUGGGAGACUGGACCCUUUGGCUGAAGUGGACAUGAGUGUGACCACAACAUUAGAUCUACUUCUAGAGAUCCCCUUCCAAGAACGAGAGGAACGAGUUGAAGUGAAUACACUCCAAAAAGUCAAAGACUUAAUGAAAACCAUUUCUAAUAUUGUGGGGAUACCUGCUUCAAAGCUAAGGUUGUAUUACAAGGAUGUCUUUCAAGGAGAGCUGCUUGAUAUGCGAAUGAUGUCAAAAUUUCCAAAUAAAAACUUGUGGACUUACAAUAUGACACCUGAAAGUGUAAUUGUGUGUGAACUUAAAAGCACUCCACAAGCAUCUAAUGCUAGAAUUGUUUUUGCUGGAGAAAAUAGAAUUGGAGAAAAGAUGAGUAGGGAAUGAAGGUGAAUAUUUAGUGCUUUCAACCAUUGGACAGUGAAUAAAAUAAAAAGUCAAGUAUUUUUUUUCUCAGUUAAUCAGAUUGAAAUUCUUUUCAGAUUGCUUUGAACCAUGUACAUAUGUAUUGUAAUUUGAGUAUUCAGGAAGAUUUUGAUGAUGUUCAUUUUACAAUGUAAAUGAAUAUUAAAAGAAAAUAUAUAGACUUAAAU